AAUCGUCGACGGUGAAAGGGAAAUGCAGACAACUGGAUACAUCUGCGCCAUCUGAAACAAACUAACAAAUUUAAAUACCGGAAACGGACGAAAGAGGGUGGAAUGAGGAGAUUCAUCCGGUGACCUCGUGCCACGCGUGGUAAUGCUACUGGCAAGUGGUGCUUCAAUACCGACCAUCGCCGGUACCGUUGAGGAGGAGGAAGAAUAUGCACGUAGCGAGGCGAACAGCGCACACUACGAUGGCUAUAUUACCGAUCAUACUGAUCUUGCUUCCGAAAUCGACAUCGAUGAAUCCGAAUACAGGCGGGAACUUCUCAACGACAAAUGGCGGAUGCUGUUUGACAAGUUUGAUCCCGAGGGUUUUGGCGAGAUACCGAUGGAGGAUUUUUUGGUGGCUUUGAAAAGUCCCGAAUGGAAAACCGAAAUACCAGCGAAUAAACGGGAUAUUCUUCUUACCAGAGCAAAGGAAUCGCGUGUCCAGGCGGUGACGUUCCAGGAUUUCGUCAAUGUGAUGAGCGGAAAACGAACUAGAAGCUUCAAAUGCGCGGUUCACCAUCGUGACCGUGAGGUUUGCUCGGAAAACGAUUUUCAUCUACUCGUACACGAGCCUCCUCUAUUCCGCAGGAUGGUCCGCAUGAUCGGCGAUGAAUUCCUUACGGAGGAAAGGGACCGGAAAUACUACGCUGAUCAUUACACCUGUUGUCCACCGCCUCUCUUUAUCAUCCUCAUCACCCUCGUGGAGCUGGGUUUCUUCACAUAUUACACAGUGGCGAUGGGAGAAGUGAAUCCUUCUGGGCCAGUACCAAUCGACAGUGUCUUCAUUUAUAGACCAGACAAACGUCUCGAGCUCUGGAGGUUCGCGUUCUACAUGUUCCUUCAUGCUGGGUGGCUUCACCUGCUAUUUAACCUAGGAGUACAGGUGGUCGUGGGACUUCCCCUGGAAAUGGUUCAUGGAAGUCUGAGGAUUGCAGCGGUUUAUAUGGCUGGAGUUCUUGCUGGUUCUUUGGGUACUUCGGUGUUCGACACAGAUGUAUAUCUCGUUGGGGCUAGUGGUGGCGUUUAUGCACUUCUCGCUGCUCAUCUGGCUAACGUCCUCCUCAACUAUAACAACAUGGAGUUCGGCAUAGUUCGAUUAAUCGGCAUCUUUGUCAUCGCGAGCGCCGACGUAGGGUUCGCGAUCUACGACAGAUACGCUGCCGAACAAAUGGGUCCUCCAGUAUCAUACGUGGCACACCUGACCGGUGCGUUGGCGGGCUUGACGAUCGGGCUCCUGGUGUUGAAGAACUUCGAGCAACGACUCCACGAGCAAUUGCUCUGGUGGGUGGCACUCGGCGUGUAUGCAGCCUGCACGAUCUUCGCGGUUAUGUACAAUCUCAUGCAUCCGGAUUAUCCAUGACGCGAGGUCAGCUUCGCGUACGGUCAACCGCGAAACACGUAACGCGAAGCUGAAUAACAACGAACAAAGGAGAAAACUGUAAAUGAGCGAAGAAGAGUGAGCGAAGAACGAGUCAGAUGAUGAAUAGACGAAGAUCGUCGAGGUCACAAACCCGGUGAAGAUUCGGUGAAUAAAUGGAAAACGUUGUUUGGUACGAAUAUAUUUAAUUCGCCUACGAAUGGAUCCUGAAGAAAAGAGAAGCUUUAUUUAGAAACGCGAAGAAAGGAAGCCUCCGCAUCGUCGAUACGAUCGGUUGUACAGGCAACUGAUGGAUAGUCCUGAAAAGAAAGAGAACUAAAUGGAAAGAAAUAGUGAAAUAUUUUUGACAAGUGAAUGUUAUUUGUGCGGUCACCCCUUUUGCCACGGUAUCUCAUCGAGCGAAGAAAAUUACAAACGGGAUGCAAAAGAUAAUAAUUGAUAAGAUUUUUUUCUACGAUCUAUAGCGGCUCACGGGACGGUUUAAAAUGCUUUUUUAUGGACUUAAGAUGAUUUAGAAUGCGAAUUAAUUAUGAAAAUUAAAUCAGUUACGAUGAAAAAGGAAAAGGGGAAAGAAUUUUUCAAAUGAUUACAAACUAACCGUACAAAAGAUAAUAUUAUUCUCUGAAAUGUUAUUAGCACUAAAAGAUAAGGAAGAAUUAAUAUUUGAAGCAAAGUGAAAAAGCAUGAGCGAUGGAAAAUGAAAGAAGACAAUCCGAUUACAGAAAUAUUAGACAGAAAAUGUUCCUAGAGGCCAAGAAGAUAAACUAGAAAAUGUAAUAGCCCUUGAUUCGGAUCGAAGAAAAAGAAAAGCGCCAGAAAUGGGAAUACAAAGAGAAACAGAAUAAUCGAGAUAAGGAAUGAAGCUGGAAAAAGAACCGUGAAAGGAAAUUAGAUCGUUUAUUCGUAAAGAAACUUCAUUGAAGUAUCGCCUUUCCUCGUUGGAAUAACUGCGCAAAAUCGAUUCGCAGAAACAAACGGAAAUUUCAGCGUCAGAUUUACAGCUAGAAAAACAAAUAAACAAAAUCGAAAAUUCGAUCAUCCGAGUGAAGAGAAGCGUUUAAAAAUUGAAAAAUCGAUCCCUUCUUUUCGAGCGCUCAUUUCUCCACUUUCCCAGUGAAAAGAAAAAAACCAAAGAAUCAAAAUACCUCAGGGAAUCCGUUUUCGGAAUCCACUAACGUUCAAAGCAAAAGUCAUCCGCGAAACGCUCCGUCGAGCAGGAAGUAGGAGCGGAGGAGAGCGAUGACUUGGUCUCUGCUGGACGAGAGGAAGAGCAAGAGGCCAGGACCCUUCUUUCGGCGCAUUUUCUCGUUUAUCGGCCGCUCCGAGGCACGAAGAAACCAAAGAAUCCUACCGAACGUCUUCACCUUUGUCCUCUUCGAUU